AUGUUCAUUGCACAAGAAGCCCAAAUUGGACUGGAAUUCCGCCAAACUGUGAGAUCCAGCGCCUUGCCGAGCCUUCCAGGUUUCUUCACAAGUCAAUACUGCUGUGUAGUGAAACCGGAUUUAUCAGCUUUGAAAUGCUUUAUCCCUUCAACCCCUAACAUGAAAGCUAUAAGAGCUCCGCGCCUUCCGUCUCCCUGCUACUCUGUUCUGGAACCGUAG